AUGAUAAAAGCCAGUCGGCUUCAACUGUCUAGGUUGCCUCUCUGGGUGCUCAGCACGGCCCUGAUGCUUGCAAUGAUGGGUGUGCUGCUCUUGGCAAUGGCUUUGGUGCCCGAAACUAUCCAGGAUCUAAGGCGUGCCAACUUGUACGUGGUUGGUGCAAUAAUGGCGGUUGAGGUGUUUUGCUUUGUUUGUUUCCUGCAGUUCAUUGUCGUCUCACGGGUGAAGGAGCUGUCGAGGCUUCUUGCAGAGGACCCAGUUAUCGUGGCGGGCGAUCCAUUCUGCAUGGCGUAUCUUCGCUCCCAGCCUGCGUUUGCUGCGGCGGAGGUGGUUCGCCUGCAGCUGGCGAUCGAGCAGCUUUACCUCGGCUUAGCUGGCCUGUGGCGUCGCCAAGGUGUUGUGUCGUUCGUGAGAAAUGCCAGAAACGCCGCCGUGGCCGCUGAUGCAGGGAUGCAGCCAGACCUUUGGGACGACAAGGCGAGACUCGUGUCUUUUGCCCCCGCCCCCGCCGCCGUCGCCGUGAAGGGCGGGGCCCAGGACGAGUACGUGGAGCCAAAUCUCAAUAGUUUUUCCAUGGACGAUUACCUUCUUGACCGCCAGUACGAAUACAAAAAGAGGCUGCGGACCGUGAUGGAGUUGCCGUCCAAGGUGGGCUUGCGAGCCUCGCACAAGCUGCGAGUCCUCUUUAGCAACCCCUCACCCCCCGCCAGCGUGGGCGGCUCCCCGACGGUGGAGGUGGAUUACUUCACGGCGUGUUCAUCCGUCGGGGAGCGAGCGGAGGAGAGCCCCUUGACGCGGCGUUUUAGCCUGGAGAGUUUGCCUUCCGAGCCGUUGCUCGUGGGCGCAGAGGAAGACAGGCGGCGGUCCGAUGAGGACGAUGAGGUCGCCACCGGUACCGACGGCGUCGUCGGCGGGAAUCGACAGUUGCUACCGGCACUCUCCGCGGAGGAGCGUGCGGUCUGCGAUCCACUCAACGACAACGACAACAAUUCGUUUGCGGUGCUGGAGAGUGCUCUACGGCUUGAGGGGGCCAUUAUUUUCCAGGUUCUAAAAAACAUCCGAAUCGGACGCUCGCUAAGCUCCGUCACAUUGCCUGUACACAUCCUUGAGAGUCGCUCGCUGCUGGAAAUGCUUUCCGACAUGUUUCUCGCGUGGGACAUCUUAAUGCCCCUGGCGUGGGGGGAGGUGCGGCAACCCGUGGACCGCAUGCGGGUGAUGCUGCGGUGGUUUUUCGCCGCCUACAACUGGCGACCAAAGGGGGCGGCGAAGAAGCCGUACAACCCCAUCCUUGGCGAGGUGUUCCAGUGCAAGUGCCCCGCGCCACCAUCGUUGCUGUCCGCGCCGCCUCCACGAGAGGUCGAGGCAAAGACGCAGGAAAGCUGCUCACCGGGGCAGCCUCCAGGCAGUAUCGACUGCAUGUAUUUCCUCGCGGAGCAGGUCUCUCAUCGCCCUCCAGUGAGCGUUUUCUACGCCGAGCUGCCUAACCUGAUCAUUGCGGAGGGGGCAUACCUCCCCCACAGCAAACUCGUCUCACUUAACUCGGUGGCCAGCAUCAGCUGCUCCUCUGUGCUGGUGCGAUUUCCACGAGCGGGGUGGUCCUGCCGCUUCUCACUGCCUCACGCGUACGCCUCUGGCGUGGUGGCCGGCGCCCCGCGGCUGGAGCUUGGCGGCAUCAUUCGACUGGAGGAUUGCCAUUCGCCGGCCCAUGUAACGGUGGAUUUUCGUCGAAAGGGCUUUUUUAGCGGAAUUUAUGACGAAGUGGUGGCGCGAAUUAGCACGGUGGACGGCAAAGGCAUCGCAGAGGAGUACACGGGGUUGUGGCACGGCGUCAUUUACCCCCGUGGCACGCAGCAGGCCGUCAACGCUGGCGCAAAGCGGCCGCGUCACCGCUCGCAACAACAUCUACCACUGAGAGAGGAGGGGCAUGCGGAGGAGCCGCUGUUUGAUGCGGAGGCGUUCCAGCAGCGGCGCGGCAUGCCUUGCGGUCGGCCACACGCAUAUCCAUUGAAUGAUGACAAUCACGGCCAUCCGUAUCCAAAGCAGAGUCGGGCGGUGUGGAGAGAACUGACGGCAGCCAUUCGUCGGGGAGACGCGGAGGCGGCAGCGCAAGCCAAGACUCUUGUGGAAGAGGCUCAACGUGCGGAGCGACGUCAAUUGGAAGCAGAGGGACGGGCGCACGUGCCAAAGUUUUUUGAGUUUCUUGGAACAGGCGAGCUGAAGCGUGGAAAUGAAGAUGCGCUGGCGAGGCAAGAAAACUGGCGGUUCACCGCACGCGAGAUGCUCCUCAAGUAA